AUUUUGUCUUAUCGGCUUCUCAGUAGAGGAGGCUUUUUGGCCUGAGAGUGGGCCAAGGAGGCUGGAGGCGGUGUUGCUGGUGUUUUAUUUGACGGGUGCCAGGGCUGGUGGGAGCAGCCGCCCGAAAAAAGCACCAUGAUUUCGGCUGCGCAAUUAUUGGAUGAGUUAAUGGGCCGGGACCGAAACCUGGCCCCGGACGAGAAGCGUAGCAACGUGCGGUGGGACCACGAGAGCGUUUGUAAAUAUUAUCUCUGUGGCUUUUGUCCUGCGGAAUUGUUCACAAAUACUCGUUCUGAUCUUGGGCCAUGUGAAAAAAUUCAUGAUGAAAAUUUACGAAAACAGUAUGAGAAGAGUUCUCGUUUUAUGAAAGUUGGCUAUGAGAGAGAUUUUCUGCGAUACUUACAGAGCUUACUUGCAGAAGUAGAACGUAGAAUUAGACGAGGCCAUGCUCGUUUGGCAUUGUCUCAAAACCAGCAGUCCUCUGGGGCAGCUGGCCCAACAGGCAAAAAUGAAGAAAAAAUUCAGGUUCUAACAGAUAAAAUUGAUGUACUCUUACAGCAGAUUGAAGAAUUAGGAUCUGAGGGAAAGGUAGAAGAAGCCCAGGGAAUGAUGAAAUUAGUUGAACAGUUGAAAGAAGAGAGAGAAUUACUUAGAUCCACAACCUCGACAAUUGAAAGUUUUGCUGCCCAAGAAAAACAAAUGGAAGUUUGUGAAGUGUGUGGAGCCUUUUUGAUAGUAGGAGAUGCACAGUCCCGGGUCGAUGAUCAUUUGAUGGGCAAACAACACAUGGGCUAUGCCAAAAUUAAAGCUACUGUUGAAGAAUUAAAAGAAAAGUUAAGAAAAAGAACCGAAGAGCCUGAUCGUGAUGAGCGUUUAAAAAAGGAGAAGCAAGAGCGAGAAGAAAGAGAGAAAGAGCGGGAGAGAGAAAGGGAAGAAAGAGAGAGGAAAAGACGAAGAGAAGAGGAAGAAAGAGAGAAAGAAAGGGCUCGUGACAGAGAAAGAAGAAAGAGAAGUCGUUCGCGAAGUAGGCACUCGAGCCGAACUUCUGACCGAAGAUGCAGCAGGUCUCGGGACCACAAGCGAUCACGAAGUCGCGAAAGAAGACGAAGCAGAAGUAGAGAUCGACGAAGAAGCAGAAGUCACGAUAGAUCAGAAAGAAAACAUAGAUCUCGUAGUCGGGAUCGAAGAAGAUCAAAAAGCCGGGAUCGAAAAUCAUACAAGCAUAGGAGCAAAAGUCGGGACAGAGAACAAGAUAGGAAAUCCAAGGAGAAAGAAAAAAGGGGAUCUGAUGAUAAAAAAAGUAGUGUGAAGUCCAGUAGUCGAGAAAAACAGAGUGAAGACACAAACACAGACUCGAAGGAAAGUGACCCUAAGAGUGAGGUCAAUGGGACCAGUGAAGACAUUAAAUCUGAAGGUGACACUCAGUCCAAUUAAAACUGAUCUGAUAAGACCUCAGAUCAGACAGAGGUAAGUGUAUUGUUUCUCACUUUGAUUAGGGCUUUUUGUUACUGUUUGACAGUGCAGCGUAAGUAUGCACAGAUGAAGAUGGAACUAAGCCGAGUAAGAAGACAAACAAAAGCACCUUCUGAAGGAAAAGACAGUGUAGUCCUGCAAAACAUUUUGAGGUACAUUGUUUUGUCUCAGCUAUUUUGUAGCAGACUCGUGCCCCCAUUAGUGUGCCUCUUUGGAAAUUAUUGCCCACAUUUGUAAUAUAGUCGCCAUUGAAAAGUUAAUUAUCCUUUUUUUAGGGAUUUUGCUGUCAUUUCUUUUUUUUUUUUUUUUUUUUAAUAAAAAGGUUGAACUGUUUUUGUUUUUGUUUUUGUUUUUUUCUUUUUGGUAUUAAGUCCAUCUUGUGUUGGUACAUUGGCAGAGACAUAUGCUUUAAAAACUUAAAAUUUCUGAGGCACAUGUUGGACUAUUUUGUUU